AUGCAGAAAAACAAUAGUAAUGGUGAUCAAGAAAAGAAAGAAGUUCCAAAAGAUCAAGAUUCGGAAUUUCUGUCUCUAAUAGAUGUUUGCAAAAACGGCGAGUCAGAAGAAUACUAUUCCUUGCAUUCGAUACUAUCCAAAAAUGUUAGCAAACGUGACCAGAUAGGUCGGACUCUUCUACAUCAUGCUGCGUAUGGUGGAAACGAGCAAAUAUUUCACGACCUCUUACAUUACAUUGAGUUAAAUGAAGCUGAUAAAAUUGGCAGGACCGCUCUCCACAUAGCUGCUAGGAGAGGAAACACAAACAUAGUUAAAUAUAUACUUACAUGUAAGAGUUCUUCAAAAGAUGAAUUGCUUCAUGCGAAAGAUAAAAAUGGACUCAACCCGUUCUGCUAUGCUGCACUAGCUGGACACGUUUCUACAAUUGAGAUAUUCAAGGAAGAAGGCUUUGAUGUUGUCAAUUACCAAACUAAAUAUGGAGAAACUCUUGCGCACCUUGCUUGUAUAGGUAACAGUGAAGAAAUUCUAGAAAUGUCAUUUGCAGUUAUUCAGAAAAAAAAUAAAAUGGAUUGGAAACCGCUACAAUAUGCAGCAAAAUCAGGUUAUGUGGAGUUGAUAAAGUAUUUUUCCAAGAAUAAAGUUCCGGAUUUAAAUAAAACCGAAGAUUUAAAAAACCCCUUUCACUCUGCUUGUGAAAACGGACAUUUAGAGGCAUGUAAAAUUAUUGCUGAGAAAUUUCCGAAGUGCAUUAAUGCAUCAGACAAACAAGGGAGAAAUGCCGGACAUUUUGCAGCUAAAAGUGGAAAAGUGGGAGUUUUACAAUAUCUGAUCGAUGUGUGUAAGAUUGAAGUGGAUGAAGAGUCAUCUCAGGGUAUCAACAUCCUACACGUUGCCUGUCGACAUGGCAGAUUUGAAAUGGUAAAAUACAUAGCUGAAAGAUAUCCUGAUCUAGUAAAUAAAGAAAGCAAAAAGGGCUGGAAUGCUGCCUUAUUUCUUGGUGAACUAGGAGGAGCUGAUGAAAAAAGAAUUAAAAUUUUGGAAUAUUUAGUUGCAGAACACGAUUUGUUCGUGUAUCAUGUCUCCAGAGCUGGAAAAUCUAUUCUGUACAACGCCUGUGCUAACAGGUCGAACAGACUAUGUAAAUAUCUUCUCAAAAAUUAUCCUGAUCUUCUAACAAUUGAAAGAUCGAUGGAUCUAAGCAAUUGCGUGCAAAUUGAAGAAAUAGAAAAACUCUUAGAGGAAUGUUCUUCGUAA